UGUUAAAGAUUUAUUUAGGUUUAAUCUUCUUUAUUCCUAGAGGAGCAUAGGGCCUGUACUAGUUGGCACUCAGCAAACUGGCUGUUUGUUUAGGCACAAGAGAAAUCUUCACCAAGAGUUGCACAACUGAUAUCCACUAUCAUAGACGACUACUGCAGACUGAUACCUGGCACACUCCUCAGUCUGCAGGCUAUUGCAGAUGCAUGUCCACUGUUUGCUUGCAACCUAAUUACAGCUCUCACAAGCAUGUACCAAAUGACAGGAGAUGCGUCACUGAACUGUCCGCCGCACCUGAUGGAGAUUGUCACGGAGUGGGUGUUCAGCAAGCCCAGUCUCGCGCUGAUGUCUGCCAUCGCGUCGCCGAAGCACAGCGCGACGCCGAUCCCGGGUCUCAUCCACUGGUGCGUGAUGGCACCGGUGGCGAGGGUCGCUGCUGAUGAUGGCAGCGCAGACGACAGCGCCGCCGCCCAGACGCUCUUCUCACGCCUGCACCUAGGCGUGCUGCAGACGAUGCUGCGUGGCCAGGAGAUCGGCAUGCGACACGUCAUCUUGUGCGAACACUUUGAGCACAGCCUUGCCACACUCGCUGCCAUCCCGCGCGACUCCGUCGAUGCGGAGUCUCUCAACAUGUCGCUGAAUCGCCUCGGGCAGGCGCUACAGGUCGCCAAGACAACGGGGUUACUGUCGGGUGACAUUGCCGAACUGGUUGCAUCGACGGCAGCACUUCCGCACAACAGGUUGCUGGACAUUGUUCUCAGGGAUUCAUGACGAAGAUGAAGAGAAGUAAAAAAGCACCUGCAAGAAAUAUCGCUUUCAUAUCAUAGGAUCUCCGAACCUGUGAUUCAAAUGUACAGUUUUAUAUAUCAUUAGCAGGACCCCCGGCGUUGCCCGGGAAAUAAAGCGCUCAGUUGGUGAUCCACUUGGUUGAAAGAAACAUAGCCAAAAAUAUAUCUAUCUAUCUAUCUAUCUAUCUAUCUAUCUAUCCCCCCCUCCCGAUUCGACAUCCCAAUGUAUUUUCGGUCCCAAAUGUCAACACCGUAGCCCAUAUUGUUGAUAGACGGAUGCAGGGUUCUCCCCAGGAUGAAAUUGAAACAGGGGGAGGGGGAACUAGGGGGG